CUUUCCUCGGCCAGUCCGCAACUUUUCAGUCGCCAGUCGACAUCCUCUCUUUUCUCUUUCAUUCCUUGACAUCUUCUUCUUCCUCUUCUAUCUCCUUGAUAUCUUCCAGUAAGAUAUUCGAGGUUUGCCCUGGUGGCAAUCGACUUAUAAUCCUUUUCUAUAUAUAUAAUACUCACAACCCCUCUUAGAAUAGAAUCCAACUUACCAUGUUAUUCCCCUCUACUCUCCCUCUCCUUCUAGCAAGUACAGCACUCGCUUUCCCUAAUGCUAAACGGCAUCGAUCCAAUUUCAAACGUAUCUAUCGUCAACGAGACGAUCCUGAACCUGUGAUCACAGCAGCACCUUCAACAUCAACAUUCACCGGAAUACCCGUGGCCACCUCAACACCGCCCGUUAGCGCUUACGGACUUUCUCCUUUCGCAGGAACGAAUUCUACCGGUCCGGAAACAUCUAAUUCUACCAAUGUGGGUAAAAACCCGGAAGACGCAGAUCCGGGAGGUAUCAGUAAUUCGAGUGUGUCGGCGUUAUUGGCAAGCACGUCGGUUUUCAAUACUUUCACCUAUUCGGACUAUACGCCAGCGACGACGGCUGCAUCGGCGGUGGUCACGGGUGGAAGUGGAAAUGGGAAUGAAGAUGAUGGUACGGAUGAUGAGAGUGAUUAUGGUAGUGAAGGUGAUGAUGAUGAGGAUGGCACGAAUCAAGAUGGUGGAGGUACUGGGAAUAGUAAUACUAGCUCUAGUGGGGUCGACGGGACUGCAGGAUCAGGAGGGAAUGGCCAGAAUGGUGGAACGAGUUCCAGUGGAAUGGUCAAUGGAGGAAAUUAUGAUUCUCUCGGAGGAGCUUUGGAAAGUUAUAUCGACAAUGCGUUAGAAAACGCUUUACCUACCUUGACUGUGGAGGUGAUUUUAGUACCUACCAAGGAACCAGAUGGGCAUUGGGACUACGUCUACCAUCUGGGAUCCGACGGAACCGUUACCUCUUCACCCACUUUCAUCCCUUCUUUGGCGUCUCCGACUUCAGCAUCGUUUACGGCAAACAUCGCCUCUUCCCUCGCACCUGUAUCUUCCACGCCGGUGGUCUCCUCCGCAUAUACACCCUCGACCUCGACAGCCAGCUCUACUUUAAGUACCUCGGGCAGUUCGUCACAGACAAUCCCCUCCAGCAGCUCCUCAGUCUCAAACACUGGGUCGAGCGCUGGGGAUACCAAUUCGGGAAAUUCUGGGUCUAACGGAUCGAAUUACUCAGGAGGGGCGAU